CGCUACAGUCUGCAGCGAGGAGUACUUGUGUCAAGAAGGGCAAACUCUUAUUUUCGUUCACUGAAUGGGGAAAAAAGCCCAAUGAGGACACUGUCACUGACUCUAAAUACUAAGUAAUUUCUGAACAUUACAGUGAGACAGACAGAAAUUAACCCUGGUUACUAUAAAAUGUAGUUGUGCUGAUAAUAUUGUCUGUAAAGUGACUUGUCAGAGUUUGAGGAACUAAUAUUUAGCAGCGUGAAGACUGGAGGAGGUGUUUUCACGGACAGAGAAGUUCCUCCAUUAGACUUACAGUUUUAAGAAUCUGAAAGCAUCAGGAGAUUUUCUGUUGUGGCUUUUCAGAUCUGUGAAGUGUUUUUUUCUCUUAUUGUUGAAAAAUGCUUCACACAUUCAUCUUCUUCUGUUUGUGGCCUUUGGUUGGUAAGUUAAAUGUUUUUAUGGCUUCAGGUUUAGUUCAUUGUUGUUUCAUCUUGUCUUGGUGUGUGUUUUAUGCAGAUGGAGUGAAGACAGUAUCAGUGAUGGAGGGAGAUUUUGUCACUCUACAUACUGAUGUUAUUGAUAUUGAGAUACCAAGAUAUUUUACACAUAUACAGUGGAAGUUUGGACCUGAACAUAAUCUGAUAGCUAGAGUCAUUUGGCGUGAUGAGGAGACAUCUCAUGUAAGAUAUUAUCACGAUGAGAUAUUCAGAGACAGACUACAGAUGGACAAUCAAACUGGAUCUCUAACCAUCAGCAACAUCAGAACAACAGACUCUGGACUUUAUCAAGUGGACAGCCUAUUAUUAACAGAAUUAUUCAAUCUUACAGUUUAUGCUCGUCUUCCCAUUCCUGUCAUCACUAGAUACUCUACAUGUUCUUCUUCAUCAGGAUCUCCAUUAGUGUCCAAAUGUGUCCUACUGUGUUCAGUGUUGAAUGUGAGUCAUGUGACUCUCUCCUGGUACAAAGGAAACGGUUUAUUGUCCAGCAUCAGUGUGUCUGAUCUCAGCAUCAGUCUCUCUCUACCUCUGGACGUGGAAUAUCAGGAUAAAAACACCUACAGCUGUGUGCUCAACAAUCCCAUCAGAAACCAGACCACACAUCUGGACAUCAGUGGACUCUUCCAGACGUGUGCAGGUUUUAUUUUUCUGUCCUCAGACUCUGUUCAUUGCUGUGGUUUCACUGAAGCUGUGAUUCGAUUGGUCAUCUCUGGUGUAGUGGGCGUGGCUACUGUUGCCAUAGUGAUUUAUGACAUCAGAUCCAGAAGAGCUGGACAGAAGCGGAGAACAUCACAAUCAGUCACUGAAUGAAGAGCCAUAUGUUCUAGGCACUAGGAUUACCCUCAGAACCUCACAGAAAGGGGGGAGGGGGGAGGGGUUGUUGAGACAAUGGUCAAAAUGAUCAAAUGAUCCUUGACGAACUGAUCUGAAUCAACAGAGCAAAGUCUCAAUCAACUUUUGCACAGAAAUGUGUGUACUUUCUUUUUUCAUAUACAGAAUAUUGCUUUGCAUAUUUUGCUUCUUCAAAGACAAUUGAAAUCUGAAGUCAUUAAUCAUCUUCUUUGUAUAAUUGGUUUGUCAUUCAGUCAAGACUGAACAGUCAGUUUGAACUGAGCAUCAGAAACUGAAGGUUGUUUGUUCGAAUCCCAGUACAUUGUUGACUGGUUUCAUUUUAAU